CUCCUCUCCUCCUCCUACCAUGUCUUCCCUUGCCUCCCGUACCGCUUCCCAGGCCGUUCGCACCGCUACUCGUGCUGCUGCGCAGUCGUCGCGCCGCGCCGCGUUCUCGUCGCUGGCGCGCGCGGUCACUGGCAAGGCCGUCAAGCCCCUCGCUGUCCCGGGCUCCCGUGGCGUGAAGACGCUCGACUUUGCUGGCACGAAGGAGGUCGUGUACGAGCGUGCCGACUGGCCUCUGCCGAAGCUCCAGGAGUACUUCAAGAACGACACCCUUGCUCUCAUCGGCUAUGGCUCCCAGGGCCACGGUCAGGGUUUGAACGCCCGCGACAACGGCCUGAACGUCAUUGUCGGUGUCCGCAAGGACGGUGAGAGCUGGAAGCAGGCGCAGGAGGACGGCUGGGUCCCCGGCGAGACCCUGUUCCCCAUCGAGGAGGCCAUCGGCCGCGGCACGAUCAUCAUGAACCUGCUUUCCGACGCUGCGCAGUCGCAGACGUGGCCGACGAUUGCCCCCCUCAUCACCAAGGGCAAGACCCUCUACUUCUCGCACGGUUUCUCCGUUGUCUUCAAGGACGACACCCACGUUGUUCCCCCGCCCGACGUUGACGUUAUCCUCGUUGCGCCCAAGGGCUCCGGCCGUACCGUCCGCACCCUCUUCAAGGAGGGCCGUGGCAUCAACUCGUCCGUCGCCGUCUUCCAGGACGUCACGGGCAAGGCCAAGGAGAAGGCGCUCGCCCUCGGUGUCGCCAUUGGCUCCGGCUACAUGUACGACACGACCUUCGAGAAGGAGGUCUAUUCCGACCUCUACGGCGAGCGUGGUGUCCUCAUGGGUGCUAUCCAGGGUCUCUUCCGCGCACAAUACGAGGUUCUCCGCAAGAACGGCCACACCCCAUCUGAGGCGUUCAACGAGACCGUCGAGGAGGCUACCCAGUCCCUCUACCCACUGAUCGGCGCCAAGGGCAUGGACUACAUGUACAACGCCUGCUCCACCACAGCCCGCCGCGGCGCGCUCGACUGGGCCCCCGUCUUCGAGAAGGCGAACCUGCCCAUCUUCGAGAAGCUCUACCAGAGCGUGCGUGACGGCACUGAGACGCGCAAGUCGCUCGAGUACAACAGCCGCCCGACCUACCGCCAGGACCUCGCGCGCGAGCUUGAGGAGAUCAACAACCAGGAGAUCUGGCGCGCGGGCCGCACCGUGCGCUCGCUGCGCCCGGACUACAAGCCCGAGUCGGAGUAAAUGCUGCUCGAGGCAGAGCAGAUGCUCAGCUCAGGCUAGUGUGACGCGCUGGAGGAUUGCUCUCGGCGCGCUGCUUGAUCUUCAAAAGGGCCUUUGGUGGCUCGUGGAUAUCGUUGUAUACUACUUGAUGCGCUUGUGUGCUAGAGCAGCCUAUGGGUUAUAAUGACUUGCUUUCACGAUCGCAGCGGUGGACUUUCGUCCUGACCGUCACUUUCGCCAGUGCAGCUAGCAUACCGAAGCCGAAAAUCUGCUCGAUCGACGUUGACGGCCCUCGAAUGGCAAUGAUAUAUCAGAG